AUGCUACAUAUCUCAAGAUCAGGAAAUAAAGGAGGACACGCGAAAGGAAAAAGGUGUAAACGUUUUUACGAUGGAUCUGCAAUCGGUUCUAUUGAGCCCAAAAAUCUAAUGUUAGUGCUCUUUACUAUAAAACAAAGUUUUAUGCAUAACUUAACAAUUAUGGACAUUCAGUCAUUGGAUGGAUAUUGCUUUAUCUGGUAUGAGAGCCAUGCUGAAGUACAACACAUUUGCUACUAUUAUUUACAAUUGAAAAAGUAUUUUUUUACAGUGAUGGAUGUAUGUGACAAAAUAGAAACGCAAUUCUUCCCAAUACACUUUUGA